ACAAGUGUGAACACGAACGUUGUCUUUAAAUUUUAAAAAAAAAAACAUGCUCCUGUAUGUGAUCUUUGCUGUGACACUAGGAACUACAACAGCAUUUCCUGUCAAUCAAGAUGCUGCCAGUCGAGAAGGAUUUUGGAGUAUCCAUGAUGAAAGCACAAACUUGGCCAUUGAUAAAAAAGAUACCACCAAGAAUUCUGAUGGAAUGUGGAAAAGCCACGUGGUGAGCAGCGACCUUUAUUCCCCAGACUCCCUGAACCCCAUGGCAGCUGAGCUCAGGUACAAACUGAGUCAGGAGUCAGACCGCCUUCGAGCUCGCUUGAGACAGGAACUAUUGGAUCUCCGUCAGAGAUUGUCUCCUUACCCUAGCCACCCCCAGGGCACUGUGCCUAAUGUCCAAGAGCUCCUGUCUCCCUUUACUAAGGGCCUCCAGAUGGCUCUCGAAUCCAACACCCAUCAACUCUGCAGCCAUCUCAGGAUCACCAUCCAAGGGGUUCAAGCUGAUGGACCUUUGCUAUACCAAGAGGCAAUAGAGAAGAUCAGACAAGCUAUGGAUGAGAGUCAUAAGAGAAGAACCGCUGGUUUUGAGGACUUUAAAACAAAGGCAUUUGAGGCAGUUGAGGAGGACAAAGACAGUAGUAGGAAGGAUCUAUGGGAGGAGGUGACAGCCAGUUUGGGCCAAGAGAUCCUGUCAUACAGUUUGGAGGUACAGGGCAAAAUUGCAGCACUGAAAGUCUCAUUAACAACACUACUCACUUCAUCAGAACCCUUAGGAGCUGAAAUGGUUUCCAAAGUGGACCAGUUCUGUGAUGGUUCCUCAAGGCAGAAUCAUAAAUUUAUUGCUAAUUUAGUGCAGCAAAUAUCUAUGAUUGAGGAAAAGCAGAAUAAGGGCGAGCCACCAAGUCAUGUAAACAUAGACUCCAUACAAGAGGAUUUCUCCACCAGACUAAACGCAUUACUUCAGGACAUUGUACACACUAUAAACUAGAGAGGCCUGUCCCUCUCCAUUCACGUCAUAAUUACCUCAUUAAUGUAAAUAGAAGUGCGACUGUACAGUGUGAAUUAUUGUCUUUUUGUAGAAGACUGCCUCUUAAAAUGUCUAGUAAAGACAAACCUUGUAUAUA